UGAGUCAAACGAUGAUUUUAAUGAAACCACAGAACAGUAGUUUUAUGAAAUCAGGGUAUUAGAACGCCCCCUCAUGCGUAAAGCAGGUGCGGUACAAACAAUGUUGACAACUCUUGACACCACAAAGGAACAUUCUCUCCGUCUCGAGGGCAGGCACUGACUCCCACUUAUCUCCUGGAGCCAACUGUCCCUUAUGAAGACACAACAUUGCAGCUACAAGGUUUUUGCAGAGUGUUAGUUGGUCUCUUACCUAACCCUGAACUCACUAACUGUGUGUGUGUGUCCUAACCUUGAACUACACCCUCUUUUACCUCUUAGCUCGUGUGUAAUAAUCUGAAUCAGGUAUGUAAUAUUAAAUGAAUGUUGUUUAAUCAACUGCCACUACUUAAAACUUAAUAAAAGAUAUAACUGAAUAAAAGAUCACAAAGAAUAACAUGAUAUCAGUGUUUUGUAAGCGCGUGCGGCCUUCUAUGCUCGAAGUCACUCCCCUCAAUAGAUCAGCCAGACAUCCCGCUGACUGUAGCUUUUAACCCUUACUAACUUGAGCACAACUCUAUAACAAGCACAAAACUGCAAUGUGUAUAAAGAUGAUCACGGUUACCCCUGCAAUGAAAAUUCUAUGAUUAUGCUCACACCUGUAAACAGAAGAUUAACAUGAGGUUAUAACAAUCACUGUCAUCCAAACUUUAAUGUCAUGUCAAUAGCUUCAAUAAAUGCUUUAAUGCAAUGCUUAUUAUAUGAUUCUGAUGCAAUGAUAAAAUAACAGUAAAAUAUCUCUUCUCACAUUGCAAGGCAGAGCAACACGCUGCUGGUCACUGGAUAUUUUCCCUUUUACAGAUCAUUCUCUGUAAACCCUGAAGAUGGCUGUGGGUGAAAAUCCCAGUAGACCAGAAGUUUCUGAAAUACUUACACCAGCCUGUCCGUCACCAACAACCACGCCAUGUUUAAAGCGACUUGCCUUUCUUACUUCAGUAGACCAUCGUGACUAUGUCUAGAUGACUAAAUGCAUUUUGUUGCUGACAUGUGAUUAUUAGUGUUUAUGAGCAGAUUAGCACGUGUACCUAACAAAGUGGCCACUGAAUGUAGGACAUGUAAUUUAGGUAGUUUAUCCUAUAUUCAGAUGGAAGCAAGGGUUACAGUUUUUCCUUUAAUUUGUCAUGCAUGUACAGAUAUUUUAAAAAAAAGACAAACUUGAGAUUAAAUAUAUGAACAUACACUUGCAACAUACAUUUGAUAUGUUUUCUGUAUGUUUGCAACUGAAUAAUAAGGCUUUCAUAUAAGGGAAAUAUAGUUCAGUGUAUGUUUGGUACAGCUAAUACUGACACUGGCUGUAUUCUUUCCAAACCGAUGUGCCCGGGUUUCUCCUGUUUCCUUGUAUUUCUGUGCAUGCGUUCAUGUAGUUUGGUCUGAGGUUUUUGUGAACUUAAACAGAGAAUGUUUUCCACGUUGAAAGCUUUUGUGAUUGUGACUUGUUUCUUAGUAUUCAGAAUAAAGCUGCAGAGUAACCGUGUGUCAUUUGAAUUAUUAUUUUGCAGUCACUGUUCUUAGUGACACAGAGAUUUAGUAACCUGUUGGGAGAAAUCUCAGAAUCAGCAAGAAUUUGUGGCUCUUUAGAUCAAAUUACUUCCCAGAAACAUGGCCCAGUGGCUAAAACAUGAGCACACAGUAGAAGCUUUGUUUUCCCCCCUCUGCUGAGCAACUGUGAGAAAGCGAUUGUUUUGAAACCAUGGUAGGGCAAACAGGGAUUUCCCUCCUCCACCCAGCUGUAGACACGCGGUGCCUUCUUUUCAAGAAUACCAAAGAACUUGUUUCCCCUCUCUGAACACGGUAUGCAAAACAAGCAGGCGCACAAGCAAAUGAUCUCUGCCUCACACAUGCACAUGCACGUUAAAAUAACACCCCACCCCACUGUGUCCUGCAGCCAGCUGUUUCUGGUUACACAGUCAGGUCUGCAGUGAAGAGGAGGACCCGGCAUGAAGCAGAAGCUAGCGCAGAAGCUGGAGCUGGCUGCCCUUGGCCUCGGCGCCAUCGGGUGGCUAUGUGCCAUUCUGACACGCUGCCUAGCCUUGUGGAAAGUAAGCGGCACCGUGGACAACACCACAGCUACUCUGCCUGCCUACUGGGACGGGGUGUGGUUGGAAUGGGAUCAUUGGGAUUUGGCCCACGAUGGCAGCCUGCAUUGCUCCUUUUACCGGUCUCUCAUGUCUCUUUCUGGAAGUUUUCGGACGUGGAGAGCCCUGAUUUUGGCAGCCAUUGGUGCUGGGGCUUUUGCUUCAGUGAUCGCAACAGUGGGGAUGGUGUGGUUCCCUCAGCGAGGCCAGAUCAAAGUGUUUUCUGGUAGUCUCUUUGUUUUGUCAGGGAUCAUACUGUUGGUUCCCAUAGCUUGGACGUGCCAUCACACCAGUCAGCCACUAGAGGGCGCUGUGGGUCUACGAAGGGACUGGGGACCUGCUCUUUACCUUGGAUGGAUCUCUUUUGGCUUGAUGCUUGCCAGUGGGGUGUUUCUUACCACCAGAUGCCCAACUGCUCAGAGGCAGGAGGAGCAGACUUCAGACAGCAGGUACCCAAAUCUAGAGGAGGAGGCCAGUCACCCACUGAGCAGGAUCAACAGGACUACGUUCACACACAGCCAGUACGAACGCAGAUCAGAGCCUAUCUGAGAGGACUGUGAUGCAACAUUUAACUGAGCGUGAGGGAUUAAACUGGAAAAUCAGCAAAAGCUGAAGAAAACUUGUGGCUGCAGGUUAGGUAAUGAUGCACUGGUUUAAAAGUAAUGAACACAGCACUGGAAAGUCAUGUAUCAUGGGGCUAGUUUUACUGAUAAGGAUGUGGGCACGACUUUAACUUUGCAUGUUGCUUUGCAGUGUUUUCACCUCCAGUGAAGAUAGCAAACUGUUCAUAAUGCAGUACUGUUAUACAGUUCAAAUUACUUUCAAGUGAUACUUUUGGGUGUCUGUUGAAUUACUUGAUGAAAUUACCAAUUCUGACAGAUAAUAAUGAUCCCAAAACUUAUUGCACAAAUACAUUUUACUGUGUAAAUAAAGCAAUACAACUUUACAUGGACUGAACUGUGGGAGACAGUUAAACACUGAACUAAAGCACUGCAAAUUAUUUAGAAAAAUGUUUUAAUAAAGUUGUUUGACUUUUUCUCUUUUAACUAGUUAUGCCACUGAGCAGUAGAAGAGGUGUGAGGGGCAUUUAAAAAUCAUAUAACCAUCAGUUUUUCAGUCUUUUGAAAAUAUUUGAUGGAAAUAAAGCCAGAGUCUCUGAAUAGAUGAAUAUUUGUGGCCCAGUGGGGAAUAAAACCACAAACGUACUCGUCCUCCUCACACAAUAAGCAGCGGGAAACAAACAUCAAUUACAGUCUUCUAGAAGAACGCCAGCAUCUGGAUAUCACUGCACGGAUUAAAGUCUACCAGCACCACAUCAGGCACUACAACCUCACCCAGCAUCACCCAGCAGGAGUGCAUACGAGAGCUCACACGUGUGACGCUGCUGGACAGGACAAAGUCUGCGUUAUAUCAGAUUAAGCCGAUGUGCCAAAAGCACAGAUUAUAAUCCAACAAGCAGAAGUGAACCGUUUCCUGUGUGUGCUGCAUGUGAGAAAGGAAAACUGUGGAAAAUAUCCUCAUUCUGAAUUUGACAUUCUCUGAUGUUCAUGUGUGAAAGAGGCUCUGAUUUCUCAGCUGUAUUUCUCGUUUGAUUUCUGAUGAAAAAAACAAUAACAUUUGCAUCACUCUUUGGGCUGCACCUCACUUUUAAUUUAUAGUUUCUUCUACUAAUGAUAUUUACAAAUGCUGUAUUGUCACUUUUCUGAACACCUUUAAGAUAAACAGGAUAUUCCAUGGAAUUCUGUACAUUACUUUUUUCUUAAAGAAUAAAACGGAGGUGAAUUUGUCA